CCAAGUGCAACCUGAAUCGUGAGGAGCGGACGAUGGGGGGGAAAAAAUCCCACUGUUCUUUCUUUUUCUCUAACGUGACCGUCAUUAACAUGUAGACCGAUUCGCGUCAAAAGACCCGGAGCGUAAUGGUUUCUUCUGUCACAGGAGAAUUUUGUAGUUGUGAAUAAAAAAACCAUUUUGGAUUAACGGAGCACUUGUUUUGGACUAAAAGGGUUUCCUUAAUUUCUUUCUGCCCGUGUGUAAAUGUUGGACCGCAUUUAACCCGAGUUUCUACCCUCUGGAGUGAAAAGUGCGCCAGUCUUAUUUCCAAGGCUUAUUUCCAACGCUUGAGCGUCUGGAUUUUUUCAGGGGUACUAUGUGGCUUUUGGGAGGACUGGACCUUAACCUAACGGGACUUAAGGCACAGAGGAAUAUUGUCUGAGGUGGAAAAAAACAGCGGAUGGGAUCGUUUCUUAACGGGGACCAACUUUGGACUUGACUCUUCACAGUACAAGUACCUACUAGACCCACUGCACCGCAAUCGCUGCUUCUGCCGCUGUACAUGGCAAUAUGGAAACCAUCAUCACUGACUGGCUUGUCUAUCUCCUGAGAAGUGGUGCCUAAAGAUGAAAUCUUCAGUGUUUUCUUCUUCAGUCCAGUGAUUGUUUACAGGACCUUUUUGAGGAAUAUAUUUCCAUACUGUGAGGAAUAUUUCACAGAUUUUCUUUCACCAAUUUGGAGGAAACUGAUGGCUGCUACAAUUCUACUGGAUGCUUUGCAGUGCUUUGGUUUUAAAACGGAUCAUUAGCAUCCACAACCCUCAUUUGCUCCGGAGUUACCAAUUUCCUUAUACCUUACUUUUGUAUGAAUGUCAGUUUUGUGAUUGUGUUUGUGUUUGCAUCUGCAUGGUAUAAGUGAGAAAAAGGAAAUAAGGAGUUUGUUUCACGAGCAAGAACUGGCCAAAAACAGAGAAAGCAACCAAGUGUAAAGCGUGGGAUAGCAGCCAUGUUCGAGUGGAGGCAGCAUUCGAGGAUUGGAUGUUGGCUAUUUCAGAGUGCUACAUGUGGGAGCAGAAGUAUGGGAUAUGUAGGUCUAGAAGGUUCCUUAAAGGCUGGCUGGUGGGUAUCCACUCUAAUAUGGCUGGGAUUGCUGCUUCUGCAGGCAUGUCCAGCUGUUGUGUUGGCUCAGAAACUUGAUGAGAAUGACCCAAUAGUAACCACAGCCAAUGGCAAGCUUCGUGGUAUCAAGAAGGAGCUGAACAAUGAGAUCCUGGGUCCUGUCAUACAAUUUCUGGGCGUUCCAUAUGCCGCUCCACCUACUGGUGAGCGCCGCUUUCAGCCACCUGAGCCAGCGGCACCAUGGCCUGACAUUCGCAAUGCCACACACUUUGCCCCAGUGUGUCCCCAGAGCAUCGUCGAGGGCCGUCUGCCAGAUGUCAUGCUGCCAGUGUGGUUUACCAACAGCAUCGAUGUGGUGUCUACCUACGUCCAGGACCAGAGCGAGGACUGCCUCUAUCUUAACAUCUAUGUUCCCACUGAGGAUGUCAAAAGAAUAUCCAAGGAAUGUGCCAGGAAACCGGGCAAGAAAAUAUGUAGACAAGGAGGUCCCCUUACAAAGAAACACAGUGAUGAUUUAGGUGAUAGUGACCGCACGGACGACGAAGACAUUAGGGAGAGUGGAAGCCCCAAACCAGUGAUGGUUUUCAUCCAUGGGGGCUCCUACAUGGAAGGAACUGGGAAUAUGUUUGAUGGCAGUAUCCUGGCCAGCUAUGGGAACGUGAUUGUCAUCACUUUCAACUACAGACUUGGCGUCCUAGGUUUCCUGAGUACCGGUGACCAAGCAGCAAAAGGGAAUUAUGGCUUGUUGGAUCAGAUCCAGGCUUUGCGUUGGACCAGUGAGAACAUUGCAGCCUUUGGCGGCGAUCCAUUGCGAAUCACUGUGUUUGGCUCCGGAGCUGGAGCUUCCUGUGUGAACCUGCUCACGCUGUCUCACUACUCAGAGGGAAACCGCUGGAGCAACUCAACAAAAGGCCUGUUCCAGAGGGCCAUCGCUCAGAGCGGCACAGCUCUGUCUAGCUGGGCUGUCAGUUUUCAGCCUGCCAAAUAUGCUCGAAUGCUGGCUCGGAAGGUAGGCUGCAACCUGGAGGACACUGUGGAGCUUGUGUUGUGCCUGCAGAGAAAACAUUACAAGGAGCUUGUGGAUCAAGACAUCCAGCCGGCCCGUUAUCACAUUGCCUUCGGGCCUGUUAUUGAUGGCGAUGUUAUACCCGAUGACCCUCAGAUUUUAAUGGAACAAGGUGAGUUCCUCAACUACGAUAUAAUGCUGGGAGUGAACCAGGGCGAGGGCCUUAAGUUUGUCGAGCUUAUCGUGGACAAUGAGAACGGUGUCCAAGCUAAUGACUUUGACUACGCCGUGUCCAGCUUUGUGGAUGACCUUUAUGGCUACCCAGAAGGCAAAGACAUCCUCCGAGAGACCAUCAAGUUUAUGUAUACUGACUGGGCUGAUAGGCAUAAUCCAGAGACACGCCGGAAGACACUCCUAGCACUUUUCACCGAUCACCAGUGGGUAGCACCAGCUGUUGCCACAGCUGACCUGCACUCCAGUUUUGGAUCUCCAACCUACUUCUAUGCUUUCUACCACCACUGUCAGACGGAACAGGUACCACCCUGGGCAGAUGCAGCACAUGGAGACGAGAUCCCAUAUGUGUUUGGCCUGCCUAUGAUUGGACCAACAGAGCUGUUUCCCUGCAAUUUCUCCAAGAACGACGUUAUGCUCAGUGCUGUGGUUAUGACCUACUGGACAAACUUUGCCAAGACAGGGGACCCAAACCAGCCUGUCCCCCAGGACACCAAGUUCAUCCACACUAAGCCCAAUCGUUUUGAAGAAGUGGCAUGGACACGCUACAACCAGAAAGACCAGCUUUACCUCCACAUUGGCCUGAAGCCCCGGGUCAAAGAGCAUUACCGUGCCAAUAAGGUCAACUUGUGGUUGGAGCUGGUUCCUCAUCUACACAGUCUCAAUGAGGUCACCCAGCUCAUCCCAACCACCACCAAGAUUCCUCCACCAGAGACUACUAAUCGAAUACCUAAGACCAAAGUUCUGGUGACCAAACGUCCUAACCCAACCCCAUUCCCCACUGAGACACAGGACAGUCACAACCAACCACAUCUUGUGGACCAGCGUGACUACUCCACUGAACUAUCUGUAACCAUUGCUGUGGGAGCAUCCCUGCUUUUCCUUAAUAUCCUGGCUUUUGCUGCACUUUACUACAAAAAGGACAAGCGCCGGCACGAUGUUCAUAGACGCUGCAGCCCCCAGCGGAGUGCCGCAAAUGACCUUGCCCACACUCAAGAGGAGGAAAUCAUGUCUCUACAGAUGAAGCAGCACUCAGACCUGGACCGAGAUUGCAGGGGGGUUGGCGACUCCCUGCACCCGCAUGACGUGGUUCUGAGGACUGCCUGCCCACCGGACUAUACUCUGGCCAUGAGGCGCUCACCAGAUGACAUCCCGCUCAUGACACCAAACACCAUAACCAUGAUCCCCAGCACCAUGGGAGGGCUCACCUCACUCCACUCUUUCAAUACCUUCCCCAGCAGUGGCCAGAACAACACCCUGCCCCACCCGCACCCACACUCACACUCCACCACCCGAGUAUAGCCCUGUGGAUGCACCCAUGCAGGCGGGACUCUGAUGGCUGAGGCUAAAGCUAAUGCCGCUGACGCAGCAGAGACUGAAGGCCAACUUUCUGACAAACACAAGUAUGUCAUGAGAUGAAAUGCCAUCCUGGAGUUGCCAGAAACCCAUGGAAUUACACUGGGACUGUACGACACCCUGUUAAUACCUGAGGAAAUAUAGUCAAGAGUUUCUGAGGGUUUGGACCAGGGAAAAAAGAAUAAUUAUCUUUUUGUACAAAAAUUUAAGACAAGAAAAAAAUACAUAUAAAGAGCUGAAGAUAAACAACCUCUAAAGCUAAAACAAAGAGGAGGAUGUUUUUUUAUUGUUAUUAUUUUUGUUCUGAUAUUGCAGCAAAACAAGGUACAGUAAAAAUACUUUCUCUUUCUAGCAACAGAUAUGGCCUUCGGGAUCUUUUGACAAAUGACUGCUUGACAGUAUUAUCUGGAUACAGAAGAGAGCAUCAGACACACCUUGGAGGUGAGAAGAAGGGAGCUCUUUGUAAAAGAAAGAAAGCGCGUUGUUUUCCUUUGGCAUCACGCUAGAGAUUACUCUGUGGGGCACAAUGUAGAUGCCAUGCAAACCAAUUUAGGCAUGUCUUGACAUCAUAAAUGGAGGCUAUGUAAGAUAAGGUAAAAAAGAAAAAAAAAACAAUUGUUGGAAAGAGCAAAGGAAAGACUGAAAACUUCAAGAAAAAGAAAUCCUGUAUGCACAACAGAACCAUUUUGAGGAGAAAAAAAUCUUGCAAAUACUUUUCAUCCAUUUAUUUUUGAGGAUUGGGAACAAUUUUAUUGUAUAGAACCUAUUUACAUAUCUAGAUCUGUACACUAAGCACCGAGGCUGUUUAAGCUCCCCUCUUUUCAGAGGGGCAUCCAUACUGCAAACCUGCCAGUAGAACUGAACCAGUAGGAAGUGGGGAUCCACCUACUGGCUUUCUGGCAUUUCCAACUUCAACACAGAGAGCUGGGGGACAAAGGAUAAUUGGAUAUUUUAGCACGAUGCGCAUGACAAUUUAUCUGCUUGAUGGCUGCUCUGCUGAUUAUGUCAUUAUUAAGAAUAAUUUUCACCCUCUCCCUUGCAUUGGAGAAAUUUCAGACAUAUUUCUUGAUUGGAUUACAAGAAAACACACACCCUUGCAGGACCAUGGGAAAUACAAUUCCAGGUUAUGGAUGAUGUGGGCUGGAGUCGGGGGUAGAAAGGGGAGGGGCUGGAAAUAUGGUUCAAAUUUUCUUGCAUAACAUGAUAUAGCUUGAGUGGAGCUGGGCAUAUAAGGACUAGUUUUGUACUCCGUGUGUUGGUACUACUUUUUGAUAGUGGUUAAAUCACAUUACACUGUAUCAAUCAAACUCAUUGUACCUUCAGUUGAGAUCAAUGUUCUUUGGUAUUCUGCCUACUUGACCACUAUACCGUAUAGAAGUAAUUACCUGCACUGUUUAUUCCAUUGCCCGUUUUUCUUUACUUUUAACUGGGAGGUGUGUUGACUGUGGUGGAGGGUGAAACUACUGGAAAAAAAAUUGUUGGGGGAGUGAAUUUCUGGAGCGUCUAGAUUUUUUAUUCAUCCAAUCGGGCACUGUAGAGCUCUUUAAACAUGAAUGCCUACACAUGACUAACACAAGUCAAAGGGCAAGAUGAUAGGAAAAGUUAGGGUCAUGGUAGGCCAAUUCCCAUGAUGCGCAUUUCAUCUAGUUUUUAUCAUUAGCCAAGGCUGGUUGUGUUAGGAGACACAUUGCGUUGGAAUUAUUGAAUUAUGUGAAGGAAGUAAAAAGGCCUCUCAUAGCAGCUCUGAAGCCCACAGUCACUCCUCUUUACCUCAUUUUGAAGAGCUACUUCUUUUCUUUUUUUAGCCCCACUCGUUUUCUACCAGGGAUUCUCUACUGUCUCAUCUUUUAUACUGAGCUGACAGCUGGGCUGUUUAGCAAAGCGGCUCGUCUCACAUCCGCACUGUCUUCAGUUGACCAUCUACUGCAAUGCUGUCUGCCUUUGCUAACAUCUUCAGGUCAGUGAAGCCUCAGCAGCUAACGAUGUUAUCCAUCGGUGUAGAAAUGAGUCACAGUGCAGUCAAAUCCAGUUGCUUAAAAGGUUGGAGUCACUGUGGGGGUAAAGUGGUGAUCUUCAAAGCAGACAGAGACAUGAAUAUCCUAGAUGGCAAGUCUAUUGUGCACAGAUAUAGAAAUAUGAAUGCUGGCGCAGAGAUGCUACUUGGUAAGCUGAAACGCUUUUCUCCCUGUUUUCCCUUCACUAAAAUGUAGAUGUGUAGAGGCCUCUGUUGUGAGAAUUCAGCCUGCCCCUUUUGGCUUCCUUACAGGCACUGUGCAGUCAUUCAAAAUAAUGAGUGCAGACUACUGUUACCCCAUGUAACAUUGUGGCAGACAAGCUGGAUGAGGGGAUAAAAUCUUGUCUCUCACAGGAAAUGUUGCUUUUUGGAAUACGAUUUAAAUUGAAUAAACUAAUUUUAUCUGUUGGCUCCAGAUUGUUUCUCUGGAUGAAAUGAACAGCCAGUGCUUGAUCUGGGAUUGAAACAAAAGAAAGAUUCCAAGGUUAUUAUCACACAUCAUCCUCGUGGGAAUUUCAGAAUCUGGAGAAAAUCUGCUCUGUAGUUUUGUUGGCACUGUAUCGACAAAUCAAAAGCUUUCAUACUUUAAUACCGAUAAUAUGUAUAAACACUCUCAUACACAACCAUGUGAUAAGAAAUUACACCUGGGCUUUCCAAGUAUUUUGUUUCCCCACACAAAAUGUUUUAUAUAGGAAAACCCUCUACUUGAACUCAAGAUUUAUUAGACCCAUAUAAAAAGCAACAUGACCUUGUUUUUGUAACCCAAUUGCUCAAAUGCACUUCACUAGAUGUGGAAAGGACUCUUGAAAGAAAAUUAAAUGAUAAUGUUGGCUAUGCAGGGAUUUAGGAACAUUUGUGCCUGAAUGUGUGCAUCAGCAACAAAGUAAUUCCUAUUAUGUAGGUUACUAAUUUAAAAUGUGUAAAGAGUUACAUGGGGUAGGUCAGAUUGCACACCGUGAGUCCAAGCAAGACAAACAAAAUCUGUUUUUCUUUGUUUAUAUUGGUUUAUUACUGUUUUCUCGCAUUUGAAUACCAAAACAAUGUGUUUCAUGAUGUAAAUCCAGUGGAGCACUAUAUUUGUUCACUUUUUUGGCUACAAACAUGGCAAAAACAAAAUAAGAUCUUUAUCUGUAAAUUUUUUUGUUUGUGUUGUGUUUUGAUUAUUUUUUUUUGUUACAGUGAACAUUUGAUACUUUAAUAUGACACUAAAACCAUUGAAUUUAUAAUCCCCGUUGACUAGACAUGACCCUCUGCAUGCCUACUGCAUGUAUGUAAGUAUACAGUGCACCCAAACAUGCAGUUGCAAUUGAAACAAAACCAAAAAAUAACAAACAAAAAAAUGAAGAGCUCCAUAGUUUCUGUCACUUUCUGUGAUCAAUCUUCCGCACAUGCUGUGGAAGAUCAUAUCCUAUGAUUAAUUGGGAUCCAGUGUUCAAUCUUUAAAAUCUCUUAGCUAACUCACAACAAGUGUCCAGUGGUCAACUCGUUCCAAAACAGCCAUCUCAAAAAACAAAAGACUAUGUAGUUUUGUCUUUUGUCUGGUGGAACCACAGCUUGCAUGACUUUCCAUCACAUUUUAGGAUUGCAUUUUACAUAAAUCCACGUAAUAUGACAAAUCAUUCUGAGCAUGACUUACUUGCAUUUUAGUCAUAUUGCUUUACAAAGCUCCCCAAAAAACAUUUCCCUUUUAAAGUUUGCAAAACUGCAGCAUUAGCAGUAGGAUGAAAGCCACUGAGAACGAGUAAUUACAACUCUACAUGAAAAUAUCACAGGGGUUGAGAUCGUAUAUAGCUAGCACUUGCCAAAUUCAAACAUUGCUCUCCAGAGAAAUGACAAAGGGGCAAAGGCAGGGCCACCCACUGAAUUAAACAUAUAAUUGCACUGAUGGGUAAAUAGUCAAGCAAUUGCAAGGCCAUGCUAAGUGGGUGACAGCCAGGGAUGAAUCCUAAUUAAUAACUUGCCAUGCAUCCAAUUGUCUGAUUGAUGAUAGGUGAAAAAUGUAAACCAACUGUAGCGUGAAAAAAAAUGAGAGAAAUGUUGGUCAGCACCUGACAUAUUUGGAAUUAUAAAUGGAAAUUGCUAGAAACUGUACUGAACUUAAUUUAUAGUGGCAGUUGCUAACAAGAUUUAGCCUCUGCAGUGACUACAUGCAAAUAUAGUCCAAAUUUUCUCAUAAGGAAAAAGCAGUUGUGCUAAAUUGCUUGAGGAUGUAAAACUAGACAGGAAGACAGCAAAACUUUUUGCAGGACUCAAUCAGGAAAUAUAUAAGUAAGCAAAUGCAUUAAAUACAUUUAACAGUUUUGACAGUUGUGUAUGGAAAGACAUGGUUAUCAAAGCAAAUUGAAAGCAAAUUGGCAUAAUUUGUGAGAAAACUGCAACUUUUGAAAAUAACAGCACCGAAUGACCUUUCCCUGAAGACAAGUGCAGGCUUUAUGAAUUAGAAAGCUUUAAAAGAUUAAAUCUUGAAAGCAAUGCGCAAAUUGAAAGUCUGAUUUAAGCACCAGCUAGCUGCUGUUUCCCUUGCAAUUAGGAAGAUGUGAAAAAGAUUUAAAAUACACAGUAGCAGAAGAAGAGAAUGCUGCCGAGCACCUCUCUGACCACAGAUACGACCUAGCACCUUUAUUGAGACUGAAGCAAAGUUAAGACAUAAUGGUAUUUGACUAAUGGCAUAAAACCCUAUCAAAAUCAUAUCGCACUACUCCACUUAACAUAUCCACAAUGUGUAUUCUAGAUUUAUUCAUUUAUUGUCUUAACAGCACCAAAAUUGAAGGAUUCAGUAAUUUUCACUAAGGCAACCUCACUGGAAGACUGAUGCAUUUCAAAGCAAACUAACUUGUUUUGCCUGGUGACAUUUUCUCUAUUAAGAUUCGCAAUCUUUGGGUAAGAAACGGUCCACAUCUAAAGGCGUGUCACCUUUUAAGCUGUAUGUUGAAUGUGCCCUGUGAAAAUGUCAAUAUUCCUUUCUUAGUGUUUCCAUUAAAAUACAUUUUUUUAUGGUAUAAGGAAUAUCUCAAAUGCAUUUCCUACCUCAUAGAACAUUUGCAAAUAAUAACUUUUGUGAAUGUUACAUUUUCCAUCCUGCUGUUAUUCUCUUGUAUCGAUAGUAAAGUUUUAUCAGGCUGUCAGUAAGCAUUGCCAACCCCUGCAGCCGCCACAAAUGUAGGUCAUGUCUCCCUGCUCAUGACACGAAUGUAAACGGUUGUGUACAUAUGAUGGUAGGUACUAGCAGUGCUGAGACUUUAUCAUUUAAAAAAUGCUUAACAGCACCUCUAGUGGUCAUAGGUUCCACAGGGUACCUCAGAGUUGUGUUCUUCAUGUUGUAAAAAUCUCAGCCCACAACUAAAGUACAACUACAUAUGUUUUUAAGAAAGGGCUAGCAUUUAAUAGACUAGGGCUAAGAAACGUAUAUAAUUAUGAAACGUAUGACUGAAACAAGGUGAUAAAUUUUCCCAAUCAACAGAACAGGGGCCACUACAGAAACCAAGUUGCCCUUCUCUUUUCAUCUAAUUUGUUGAAGUGUUGAUUCACUGCUAAGAAGGCAAAAAGGAAAAAGAAAAAAAAUCCUUCCUUGCUGAUGUUAGGAAACUGGAGUAAUUGACACUCAUUUUUAAAACUCUACAUAUCCAGUCCCAGAGUGCCACUGAGACUUUGCUACAUAUAUAUGACACUCUUUUCACUGAGAAGCAUUUUGAUUACGUUAAAGAGUGGAAAAUAUCAUAAACAUAUAUUCUCUUAACACAUCUUUUUAAACUUAGGGCAAGUCACACGCCUGCCCUAUAACAGAGGAAACAUUAAGCCUUAAAACUGAGAACUAAUAACAAUAAAACUUUAUUGGAUAGUGAAAUGAGCAAAUUAAAUACGAAAGAAGUUCAAAUUUAAUUGCAGUUAUUAUACUGUUUAUACGCUGUGGUAGUUUUACGUGGAACAUUACAAAGUUAUGAGGAAAAGGGUAUACCUUUUGUGUAAGUGCUGUGUACCAUAACAUCAUAAACAUACACCUUUUGCCCAUCUUUUUCUAAUUCAGCCUGGUUCAUAACUGAAUUUCUCUUAUUUUUAAGAAGAUUAUUAAAAUUCUGUAAUUUUCUAAAGCCGUUGCGGGCAGGUUGAGCACACUGAUUACGUGCAGCAUGCGUGGGCAGGAGGGUCUUUACAUGUGUGUUUGCUAAAAUACACACAUCUUCAAAACAACAACAGCCAAAAGACACACACACACAGUUGUAAAAUCUUAAACAUGACCUGCAAAAAUCCAUCACCCCCUUUUGAAUGCAUAUGCUGGUAUUGUUCAUUUCCAGUUACCAGUAUGCUCCUUUGUCAGCCUUGUAAACAUUAUUUCCAUUAGUGUUUAAUUCUAUAUUGUGCCUAUUUUGUGUUUCUGUGUUGAAUAUUUAAAUAUUCUGUUUAUUUUGUGUCAUAUGAUGUCUUGCUUGUCCUGAAUAAGACUUGAAUUUGGACUUAUUGGCUUUGUGCUUGUAGCAGCACUCAUUUGUAAGAGUGUUGACAUUCAAAUGGCAGAUGUGAGAUAUUAGUCUGAGAAUGCCCCAGAGUUGAGAAUGACUCCCAUAUGGUGUCACCCUCCUUUAAAAUAUUGUGUCCAAUUAGCCCAGUCUCAUGGCAGCUUGUGAAAUAGUCCCAAAAAUGCGAUCUGUGCGCUUCUGUACAGGAUGACUUUUGGUUUAAUCAUGACAGAGAAGCAACACUCCCACGGUCAUCAGAUGCAACUUAUCUACCAGAAAAUUACUUUUAGUAAAACUAUUGCGUAUAAGAAGAAUAAAACAAAAGAAUGGUAAAAAUGUCUCUUUGAUUAAGUUCUUGUAGUUUUGCCACUAUCCUCCUACUUUCUUGAGUGGACUUUAGUACAUUAAAGUGGAAGCUGUCUUGUUGUUUACAUCCGUAACAUAUAGGUAUUAUUUACAUCUAUUUCUCAAGCUACCGUGAGACGGUGUUAGUCUGCCAUUUGCAAAAGGGGAAGUUUCACCCAAUCCAGGUAGCAUUUCUUCAGUCAUUUCUUUUGACUCCCAGCACCACUAGAUUUUAUUAAGCCAGUCAAGAAGGGUGAGUAUACAUCCAAACAGUUUGGGACUGCAAACACUUGUGAAACCCUGUUCUAGGGGGAAGCUUCAUUUUUUUUUUUUGUUCUUGUGUAAAGCUACGCAGAUCGUGGUUGACAGUGAGCCUGUGUUGUAGUGCAAGGGCAGAGAGGAACGAGCACUGCGAAUGAAUGUAACGCAUCGUGCCAUUUUCUGACCUCAAAGCGCAGCAGAAACAACAAUUAAACCUCAGAUUCAUCCUGAGAGGUUUGUGCAAGCAGUCUGAAAGCUAAAGGUGGAUUUGUUCUUUGAAAGUCAUGUGAACCGGAGGAACUAUGUGAGCAGGUCUGGCAUUUGUAUUGUAGAUUAUUUGUCACUUGUCUUUCUUUCUGGUUAAAUAGUAAUUACUCUUCUGGAGCACAAUAAAUGAUUUUAAUAUGCUGAUAUGUUUUUUUUUUCUCUGGAGUCUUCAUUUAUUAUUUUCUGUGGCUGUUGCUAAGUUUACUAAUUUAAUUGGUGAAGCACACAUCACUUCGUACUCGCGAGUAAUUACUCUAGCAAUUUAUUUGUGGCGUGAUUAAAUUUGUUUUCUGUGACUGAAGGCUGAACAAGCUUUGUCCUAGGUAGAAUGCAUUAAAAUAAAAACAGUGCCUGUAAAACCUCACCAUGUUCGUACAGGAAGUACACACGGUGAUAGAGGGUGAACAUCUGUCACUUUUGUUGAAAUGGGCAAAAAAUGUGACAACAAAAUUAAAGAGUUUC